AGCUCAACCAAUUCUCUAUAUAAACCAACGAGAUUAGCUCAAUCAAUUCUCACUACAAAAGCAUGAAUCAUAUAAUAAUCGGUCGUUCAACUUUCUCCUUCGUUUGUUUCCUAGCCCUAGUGACAUUACACGGCAUCCAUGCAGUUGAGUAUGUAGUCACGAACAGAGCUGCAACAACCCCCGGCGGCAUUCGGUUCAACAAUGAGCUCGGCUCUGAAUACACCAAACAGAGGAUGGCAGCCGCCUCCGACUUCAUUUGGGGAAUUUUCCAGCAAAACACUGAAGCUGAACGAAUAAACAGGCCACAGGUGAUCCUUUCUGUUGAUCCGGACAGCAAGUUCCUAGCGUACGUCGUCAACAAUGAAGUCCACGUAAAUGAUAGCUAUAUCAAUAACAUUCGUGGUGAUAUCAAGUCGGAUUUCAACGGGGUGCUUUACCACGAGAUGACACAUAUUUGGCAGAACGGGAUAGGAAAAGCUCCUGGAGAAGUAAUUGAAGGGGUAGCCGAUUUCGUCAGGUUGAAGGCAAAUUAUAUCCCCGCUCACUGGGUGAAACCAGGAGGUGGUGAUAAGUGGAAUCACGGUUAUGAUGUUACUGCUCGGUUUUUUGACUACUGUGAUAGCUUGAGAAAUGGAUUUGUUGCAGAGCUCAACAAGAAGAUGAAAGAUAGUUACAGUGAUCGUUUCUUUGUUGAUUUGCUGGGCAAAACCGUUGAGCAGUUGUGGAGCGAUUAUAAAGCCAAAUAUGCGAACUAAAUUAAGCAUGUUAAUUAGGUUUUAAUUUAAAUAAGUAUUAUAUAUAUGUGAGGGAUAGUGAUAAUAAGGUGAUCAUCAUGAUUUAGUGUUGUCUCAUUUGAUCACCAUAUACAGUAUAUACAUACAUAAUGAAUAAAGAUUUAAUUUAUAUAA